AUGAGCCAUGAGGCUGGCCCAAGCGACGGACCAUUCGACAACGUGUUCUGCGCGAUAUGCGGCGACAAGGCCACCGGCAAACACUACGGCGCGAUGAGCUGCGACGGGUGUAAAGGCUUCUUCCGUCGAACGGUGCGCAAACGCCACACCUACGUGUGCCGCUUCGGCGAGACAUGCAAAGUUGAUAAAGCGAAACGCAACGCGUGCCGCAAAUGCCGAUUCGAGGUGUGUCUGCGGCGCGGAAUGCGACGCGACGCCGUCCAAAUGGAACGCGAUCGAAUUCGGCCGUCGUCGUCGUCGGCGGCGGCCACGGCCACCGCCGCAAUCGUUGCCGAUGAUCCGCUGCUCGAUCAGCUGCUCACCGUCGAGGCGAACAUGCGACAAUUGCGUACCACCGUCAUCACGAAGACGUCCGACGCUCGACGGCAGGCGACGACCGGCGACGUCACCGACAGCAUGAAUCAACAAUUAAUACUAAUGGUCGAAUGGGCGAAGAGUCUCGAGCAAUUUCAGCGGCUCGACAUGAGCACACAGAUUGCUUUGUUGAGGCAUUUUUCGGCACAACAUUUGGUGAUGUGCGCCGCGUUUCGGAGCAUCCACUUGAGCGACGCGGUCUGGUUGACAAAUGAGACAUGCCUGCAUAAGGAUAGUCCAAAAGUGCCCGAUGUGAACCGAGUGGCGGCCCGCAUCGUCGACAACCUAACAACCCCAAUGCGUCAGCUGAACAUGAAUGAAAUCGAGUAUGUCGCGCUGAAGGCCAUCGCAUUUUUCGAUCCGUUGGCCAAAGACAUCGGCGCCUCAUCGAACGAGGUCGAGGAGACGCGCCAAAAGGUGCUCGAGUCGUUCGAGCAGCACGUUCGCCACGUGUCGCCCUACAAAGAAAUGCCGCGACGGUUCGCCAAUCUGCUGCUGCUGUUGCCGCCGAUGUUGGCGAUCGCGCGCGAUCUCAUCGAGGACGUCCAACUCGCCAAACUCUUCGGUCUCGCCUCAAUCGAUCGCCUCAUGCAGGAGCUCAUGCUACCGCCAGAUAGCACAACCGAUAAGGCGUCGCCUUGA